AUGAAGGCAAGCAAAGUUCUGUCCACCUACUGGGCAGUCGUUGCCUCUGCUUUGAGCGCGGAAGAGUGGCAAAAGCAGUCAAUUUAUCAGGUCAUGACCGACCGCUUUGCGCGUACCGAUGGCUCGACGAGUGCUGAUUGUGACUUGGUGACGUACUGCGGCGGAACCUGGAGGGGGCUGGUUAACAAGCUGGAUUAUAUCCAAGGAAUGGGUUUUACUGCUGUCUGGAUCUCACCCGUCGUAAAGAACAUCGAGAGCUACACUGGCUGGGGGAAUGCUUAUCAUGGAUAUUGGGCUCAGGAUAUAUGGUCGCUAAACCCCCACUUCGGCACAGAACAAGAUCUGCUUGACUUAUCAGCAGAGUUACAUCGUCGUGACAUGAAACUGAUGCUUGAUGUUGUUACCAACCACAUGGCCCAUGACGGAUGUGGCAACUGUAAUAUGACUUACAGUCUCUACAGCCCGUUCUCUUCUCGGUCAUGGUUCCACCCGUACUGUACUAUCAACUACGACAACGAAACCUCGAUCGAGACAUGUUGGCAGGGAGACGAAAAGGUCAGCCUUCCGGACCUGAGAACAGAGGACUCGGAAAUCCGUAGCAUCUUUCACGAAUGGAUACGCCACAUGGUAACCAAAUACUCGGUGGACGGGCUCCGGGUGGACAGUGCGAAACACGUGGAAACCGACUUCUGGCCUGACUUCGAGGCUGCAUCCGGCGUAUUCGCCCUUGGCGAGGUUCUAGACGGGGACCCGCAGCAUAUUUAUCCGUGGACCGACUAUCUGAGCGGUGUUAUGAAUUAUCCAGUCUACUACUGGCUUCUUAGAGCCUUCCAGUCGUCGUCAUCUACUAUGGACGAACUCACGAAUGGUAUCAACACUAUGAGUGCCAACAUGAAAACCGCUACUCUAGGGUCAUUCAUUGAAAAUCAUGACCAGAAACGGUUCCCAGAUAUGUCGGGAGGGGACAUGGCAAUCGCCUUCACAAUGCUGAUGGACGGUAUUCCGAUCAUAUACCAAGGUCAGGAGCAGCACUUCGACGGCGGCGAUGACCCUUUGAACCGCCAACCCAUCUGGCCCUCCCAGUACGACACAACGGCUGAGUUGUACACCUGGAUCAAGGUUCUGAACAGGAUCCGCUCCCAGGCCGUCAAAGAACCCGGAUACCUCUCAGAUCAAGCGAACGCCACCACCCCGGAUUCUCACACCAUUGCUCUGCGAAAGGGCACUCCCGGCUGCCAGAUGGUGUCCGUCUACACGAACAUCGGCAGUAACAAUAGUACUAGCUAUGCCGUCAGUCUCCCUUCGAAUUUCACGGGAUUCGGAGAGUUUCAGUUCCUAGUAGAAGUCGUAGCAUGUAGGGUACUGAUGACAGAUCACAACGGCAUGUUGCGAUUCGACAUGGGGACGACACCCAAAAUUUUCUACCCGGCGGAGAAGCUGUUACAGACGUGGGGCGCCAUCUGUGGUGAAGGCCCUAGUCUGGAUGUCUUGAUCAGUAGUGCGGUUUCCUUUCAUGCUGGUGUUGACCAAGGCGGAUUUGAAGUCGAUCUGCAACUACAUGAGCCCGGCGAUCACAAUAGCAACAACGACGCGCCCAAGGGGAAAGAUGACCAAGUCAAUAAGAUUGGUCUUCCUGACUGGUUAGCGACCGCCGGGAAAUGAAAAUGCAGGGAGGUUUGCGCUAAUGGGC